UUUUAAUCUGAAAAUCCACUGGGGGACUCGUCCAGUACUGUGACGUAGGACGCAAAUGCGUACGGCACAACGCACGUUCGGGUCCAGGAGCGCCAUUGGAAGUUUGAAGAGGGGGCCCCUUCCAGUCACACCAUGUAUCGUUCCAAGCCGACCCUGAAGGACCGACAGCACCUGUACAAGCUUAUCAUAAGCCAGCUGCUCCACGACGGAUACACCAACAUCGCCAACAGUCUCAUCACUGAAGUAAAACCACAGAAUGUUGUGUCGCCCUCUGAGCAGCUCAUGCAGCUUGCAAAGACAGGGAUGGAGAACGAUGACGCGGCAGUCCAGUACGCCAUCGGGCGCUCGGACACAGUGGCGCCUGGCGUGGGCAUCGAUAUGGAGUUUGAUGCCGAUGUCCAGACCAUGUCCCCGGAGGCGUCGGAGUACGAGACCUGCUACGUAACAUCCCACAAGGGCCCGUGCCGCGUCGCCUCAUACAGCCGCGAUGGCCAGCUGAUUGCCACUGGCUCUGCAGACGCUUCCAUCAAGAUCCUGGACACGGAGCGCAUGCUGGCCAAGAGUGCUAUGCCUAUUGAGGUGAUGAUGAACGAGACGGCGCAGCAAAACAUGGAGAAUCACCCCGUGAUUCGGACCCUGUAUGACCACGUAGACGAGGUCACCUGCCUCGCCUUCCAUCCCACUGAACAGAUUCUAGCCUCCGGCUCAAGAGAUUACACCCUCAAGCUGUUUGACUACUCAAAGCCCUCUGCAAAAAGAGCAUUUAAAUAUAUACAGGAAGCUGAAAUGCUGCGCUCGAUCUCCUUCCACCCGUCAGGCGACUUCCUGCUGGUGGGAACGCAGCACCCCACCCUCCGUCUCUAUGACGUCAACACCUUCCAGUGCUUUGUGUCCUGCAACCCGCUGGACCAGCACACGGACACCAUCAGCGGUGUUGGCUACAACCCCAGCGCCAACACCUAUGUCAGCUGCAGCAAGGACGGCAGUAUCAAGCUGUGGGACGGCGUCUCCAACCGCUGCGUGACCACCUUCGACAAGGCCCACGACGGAGCGGAGGUGUGCUCCGCCGUCUUCUCCAAGAAUUCCAAGUACAUCCUGUCCAGUGGCAAAGACUCAGUGGUCAAACUGUGGGAGAUCUCCACGGGCCGGACACUGGUCAAGUACACGGGGGCGGGGCUGAGCGGCCGUCAGAUGCAUCGCACACAGGGCGUGUUCAACCACACGGAGGACUACGUGCUGCUGCCAGACGAGCGCACCAUCAGCCUGUGCUGCUGGGAUUCGCGCACGGCCGAGAGGAAAAACCUGCUGUCGCUUGGACACAACAACAUCGUCCGCUGCAUCGUGCACUCGCCCACCAACCCCGGCUUCAUGACCUGCAGCGAUGACUUCCGGGCCCGCUUCUGGUACCGACGCACCACCACAGACUGAGGCGCGUCCUGCCCUGGCACUGCUCCGCCUCCUCUCCCCUCUCACAUUGUCUCCACUUGUCCGAGGACCAAACGGAAUGACUGGACUCUUCCGUCUCCAUGACCUCGGCGAACUCGCCACUUUCUGAUCUGUGGUGACUCUCGUUUUUAUUUAAUUUGCAGUGGGACGACACUUAAAGGGUAACUUCUAUAUUUUUCAAUUUCAAAAUUUAAUGUCCCUGUUGGUCACGUAGGCCGUGGUUUCACUUGUCUUAUAGGCGCGACUUCUGCGUUUGGAUGGGUCAGAUCAGAUCUCAGUUUGUCUCCACAUGACCUGACUGAUCGGAUGUGUGUCGUGGUCAAAGGAGCGGCUGUAAAACAUUGGAUGAACACUUUUCGUUUCCCCCGUAAUUUUGUUUAAUUUUAAAAGCUUUUAUUUUGAAACGGCAUCAUCGGGAACUGUUUUUUUAGGGCUUAGACCGCAGGUCUCAGCUUUACUACAGCCCCGGUUUUUAGACGUUUGAUCAAUUGCCCACAUGCUGUUCACACCUCCCUGAGAUCUGAAGUCAACGUGAGCGCGGUCUGGCUGAUGGGAACCCAAAAGCUGCACUGAAAAGACGACCGUCACCACGGCCUUGGAUACAAAAACACGGCAAAAUAGGUUGCAGGUUGAAAAAUACUGAAGUUACCCUUAAAGAUAAGGAGUUGCGUCAUCUUCAGAGCAAAGCAGCAUUUCUUUCGGAGUUUUCUCUUUUUGAUGAUGACACUUUGAGGACGACUCCCUGGA